AUGUUAAAAAAGAAAGCGAAACCUAAACACAGUUCGCCGUACAACAAUGCUCAGUACCAAAUUUCUGGAGUUGUGUUUUCAAGAGGAAAACCUCACUAUAUUUUAAAUAAUGGCAAAUUAUUAGAAAAAUAUUUCUACCAGUCCUCGAAACACGGCCCAUUUUGGUUAGACUACGCUAAAAUAUAUCAAAUGGAUCCCAUGGAGGACUUCAUUAAGGAUACGUUUAAGAAAGCCCUUAUGUCUACAGAUCCUUCGGCUCAACCCUCAGUUAUUACGAUAUUGCCUUCAGGACUUAAAGAAAAGGAAUUGUUAUCGUCAUUUUUUGCCGAAUUGUCUGAUACGCCACUUCUUAUACCGCACCUACCACAAGCUAAUUUAUUAAAUAAUCUUCAAGAAUGGGCUAGAAAGCGAGUGAAGGGUAAAAUGUCGCCAUCUACUCAAAGAAAAUUGUUACUUCAAUCGCAACGCAGAUGGCUUGAUUUAAAACAUAUUGAUUUUCGUGCACGUGCUUACAGAAUACCAUUUACAACAACACAAUUAAAUAACAUGAAUUGGUCCCAUCGAGGUUUAGUUCAGAAAUUAUUUAAUGUAUUGCUAAAUGAUUUCGUUACAAGAAAUCGAUCUAAGCAACUUGAGCAAACGAGACUUUGGUGGCCUACUACAAAACAUGAUGCUUAUCCUAGUAAAGCGUUUUUAGAUAUAUUUUUUACUUAUAUGCCUGGGCGAAUGAAAGACACCUUCCUUAUAAAUCCAUAUAGCUCCGGAAUUACAAAAAAACAUGGAGCAAAGACAUGUCCACUAUAA